CGGGACCAGCUCAACCCGUCCGUUAACCGGGAUUAUUACCGGAAUAUAGAGCUCCCGGUAACCGGAACCUGUUGUUGUUGCAACGUUCCAGCCGUUGCGCAACAGAAGCUCACAGCAGCCCGGAGAGGCAGGACCAGCGGUCUGUCGGUACCGGGACUUUAGAGCAGGGCUGACUCAACGCGGAUGCCAGUCCCGGUUCGGUUCGGUUCGGUUUGGUAUGUGGACGCAGAUCUGUUGAGUGAAGCUGUUACCUGUUACCUGUUAGCCACCAGCACACUGAGCAGCCUUGUACAUUAACCCUCCUCCUCCUCCUCCUCCUGUUUGCUCUGCUGCGGUCUCGUCCGGGGCUUUUCCUCCACCCUCCAGUCACCAUGAGUGCAAUGCGUGUUGACGCCAAAGUGGUGAUGCUGGGAAAGGAGAGCGUUGGGAAGACCAGCCUGGUGGAGAGAUACGUCCAUCAUCGCUUCCUGGUCGGCCCGUACCAGAACACUAUCGGUGCUGCUUUUGUUGCCAAACCGAUCCAGGUGGGAGAGAAAGUGAUCACUCUGGGAAUAUGGGACACCGCGGGAUCGGAGCGCUACGAAGCCAUGAGCAGGAUCUACUACCGAGGAGCCCGCGCAGCGCUGGUCUGCUACGAUAUGACGGACAGCAGCAGCUUCCAGAGAGCUCGGUUCUGGGUGAAGGAGCUGCAGAACUGUGAGGAACACUGUAAGAUCUACCUGUGCGGCACUAAGAGCGACCUGAUCGAAGGAGAUCGGAGCCUGCGUCAAAUCGACUACCACGACGCUCAGGACUUUGCUGACGAAAUCGGUGCGCUGCAUUAUGAGACCUCCAGUAAAACAGGAAACAACGUGGAUGAGUUGUUCCAGAAAGUAGCUGAGGAUUACAACAGCACUGCCUUCCAGUAUAUGACACCGGAGGAACUGGGAGUGGACCUGGGCCAGAAGAAAGACUCAUAUUUCUACUCCUGUUGCCAUAACAACUGAUGCCGAGCAACGGGGGAGGGAAACAGGAAGUGGUCACCUUCCCUCGGCCGGAGUAAAAGCCUGGAUGGAUGGAUGGAGAGGUGGAUGGAUAACUGGGCUCUGGAGCUGGGAUCCAAACCACAGAAGAAGAAAUGGAGCAGUACUGUUUAUACCUUGUUAGUUUAUUUCUUUUGUGCCAUAAAGACCCGCCGGCUGCAGGACGUUAUGACGGAGGAUCUACUACUGCUGUUACUGGGUGGGACAGGGAUUUAAAAACACUCAACACCUUUCACCCAGGUUUCUUCUGUAGCUUCUUCUUCGCUGGAUGGAAGUCAACGUGUCUCUAAAGCUGCGGUGUGAAGUGAAACCGAGGAUCCCCUCUAAACACGGACUGCUAAAGCUGGUUUAGUGAGAAGUGCUUCAGGAGGCAGGAUGGUUUGUUUACAGCAGUUCAUUUCUGUUUAUCUAUUUAACGUUGUCGUGGAAACCUCGUCUGUUAGUUCUGCACCUCUUCGAUGGAGUGAAGCCGACUAGGACACACUCCUAAUGUCCCCAGUCAUACUUAAAGGUGCAGUGUGUAGGAUUUAGUGACAUCUAGUGGUGUGGUUGCAGAUUUAGAAGACUGAGAUAACGUGAGCCGCCGAGUGCUAAACCGUGGUAACGCCGUUCGCCUCGCUCAGAGGCCAUCCUUACUAUAAUAACACUACUUUAAGCCCCGGACACACCAAGCAGACAUCAGAGAACUGUUGAGUCGCCUCACGUCGCCUUUGUUUUGGCCGACAAGUUGCACUUAAACGCACCACAAAGACGACAGUCGAAUGUACGUACUUGUACUCGGUCUGAUAAGAAGUGGUAUCGACGCAUCCUUGGCAGAUAAACAAGCCGUUAUGAUGCGUGCAUGAAACAAAGCGGCGUCUGACGACCGUUUUCACACCACUCACUCACCGCUUAGCUUUGUUCCAGAUGUUCAUGUCGCUGUGAAAACAUCUGGAACGAUCAAAUGAGAUGAAGAUGAACAAUGAGAACCAUCUUGACUUUACUCGUUGGCUUGCUUUCCUCACUUCCGUUUCUCUUCUCGUGCACUGAUUCGUUGAGUGAUUUCUCUCACCGACGGGCUCCGCCGCCGAUUCAACACGCUGAAUCGUAAAAACUAGGCCGUCGGCUUGGUGUGUCUGGACCUUUAGGAGCAACGGAAGUCAGACUGCGGCACCACGGUUUAGCACUCUGCGGCUCACGUUACCGCAGCUUCACAAGUGUGUCGGAGAACUACGGCGGCCUUCAGGUAACUUAACAACGUUAAAGUCUCUCUGUAGAGUUUGGUUUGUCCGUUCUGGACUACAAUCAUAGAGGACUCCGUGAAGACGACCCGCUCCCUCUGUAGAUAUGAAGGACUCAUUCUAAGCUAACGAAAACACAACGAUUCUGGUGAUUAUACACUGAAGAAAACACAGUUAUGAAUAUUAUAUUUCUGCUAAUCCUACACACUGCACCUUAAAUUUAACUUAAUUAUUAUUCUUUUGCAAAUCUGGUAGAAACUCCUGAAUGAAUUGAUGCCAAUGAUCUUUCUAAAGGCCUUAAUACCCGCAGCAGUAGAAGAAAUGUGUGUGUCCACAACUUCCCGGAGCGUUUACCAAGACAUUAUGGAUGUGUUCAUAGAGCUGGAUACGGCGCCAUGACGCAGCCGCUGGUCACUCUCAGUACUGCAACAACAAAACAAAUCCUGUACGACCCUAAAAGCAUAAACUUCAAUCAUAACAGUCUAUAAAAGUAUUGAAAAGACGCCUUGAAACUGCAAACAUGGUUCAGUUAUUUCUCUUUGUAUAAAGAGGUUUUGUCUCCGUUAGGGCUGUCGAUUGGCAG